AUGGCCUCAACAACCGCACUCUACGACGAGAUCCUCCAGCUGGAAGAAAAGACCUGGCGAGCUCUCCAAGGCCGUGGCAGUGAUCUCGUGCCAUUCCUCACACGCGACUGCAUCAUGAUGUUCCCCAUGGGAAUGAAAGUCUCUGCCCGCACAGAGCCUUCAGUACACGAGAUUCUACAUUCAUCAGCAUUCGUGCCUUGGAAGACCUUCGACCUUAGGAGCAUCGACGUUACUCCAGUGGGUCCAGAAGGUGCGGUCAUCAGCUACCGAGCCAUUGCAACACGAGCGCCUGCUUCCAAUGACGAUCCGCGAGAUGUCGAGUUUGACGCGCUAUGUUCGAGUACCUGGAGGUUCGAGGGUGGGAAGUGGAGGAUGUGCUUUCAUCAGCAGACCAUGUCGGCUUAG